UAAUCUGGGAUUCAGUUUCACUCUGCACCAUGGACACAAGCUCAGACUGGAGAGGACUGGGAAUAUGGAGCUACAAAGUGCCCGUCUGAGUAUGCGGUUUGUCUGAUGAAGGAUGUAUCUGCUGGUCCUGGUUCACAUCUUGCAGUCAUCUCUGUUGGCGGUCCAGUCCUGUCCAUUUUUAUGUGCCUGCACGUAUGGGAACAGUGGAGUAGCAGAGCUCAGGUUGGUGCAGUGCAGUGACCCUGGAAUCUCAGCUGUUCCCAUUAAUGUCCCAGCUGAUACAGUCAAACUGCGUCUAGAGAAGACCUUGAUCUCCAGGGUGCCCCGGGCAGCCUUCUACAACCUGUCGGAGCUGCGUUUUCUGUGGCUGACCUACAACACCAUCACCUCCAUCCACCCCAGCAGCUUCGUCAACCUGAGGGCCCUGCGAGAGCUGCGUCUGGAUGGAAACCUCCUGACAUCCUUCCCCUGGGAGGGGCUCAGGGACAUGCCCCGCCUCCAGACUCUGGGUCUCCAUAACAACCGUCUGUCCAGCCUUCCUGCCCACGCUGCUCUCUUUCUUCCCAACAUCACCUACCUCGACCUGUCCAGCAACAGGUUGACUUUAUUACCUGCUGAGCUACUGGACCUUUGGUUUCCUCUCCCAGGACAACAGGAAGGAGCAGUACAAAGAAAGAUUUUGGGUCUCCAUGACAACCCCUGGUUGUGUGACUGCCAGAUCUCCAUGGUGACGUCCUUGUCCAUGUCCCUGGGGAGUCCUGUAGUUCUCAUGGACCAGCUGCUGAUAUGUCGCAGGUCUCUGGGUCAGUCGGGGAUGUUGCUGACCCAGGCUGAGCUGUCCCGCUGUAUGAGGCCUUCAGUCCAGCCUGCAGCCACCAGAGUCAUCUCUCCACUGGGCAGCAACGUCAUACUCCGCUGUGACGCUACCGGCUACCCAACACCGACCCUGACCUGGAUCAAAACCUCAGCCUACGCUGAUUGUUGCCAACAAGACAUCCUUGAGAACUUUGACCAGCUACCCAGGAGUUUGGAGAGUUUUAUGCAGGAAUCUCCUCGAGUGGGAGUUCGCUGGUCGAUAAUCAGCCUGAACGGGUUAUCAUACAAGGAUGCCGGUGAAUAUCGCUGCCAGGCACGGAACAUGGCAGGAAUAUCUGAAGCCCCGAUUGAACUGAAGGUGGUGGGAGUCACGAGACUAUCCCGUCUUCCAAAAAAGAAGUCCCAAAAGACUCCACCCAAAUCAUCAUCAAAAUACAGGAAGCCCAACCGGACUCCAGCUCCCACCAACAUCCCUUCAGCGAAGGAGAAUCAGAUACUCCAAAACAUUACACCACCUUCCAUUAACAAGACCCAGACGGCUCCGAAAGUGGUCUACAUAGACAAGUACAUUAAACGGCGCAAAAUGAACUUAACAGAUGCAAAGACCACGACGUCCGUCAAGUCUACACCGGAGCCCCCAGAAAAAUCUAGAGCUGCUCUCCUGUCAGAAACACUUGUAUGAGAUACAUUGAAGCCGGUUUGGAUCCGUUACUUGGUUGACUUCAACAAGGGGAUGGGAUAGCAAAUGAAGCUUAACUGUUUGUGAACCUCUAGUUUUAGUGUUCCAGGCUUUUUGGGGGAUCAAAAAUAAUGUUUGUUGAUGAGCUGUCCUGUAAAUGUAACUUGCUGGUAAAAAUAAAAUGUGUGACACAGGA